UUUGUUUAUGGUGCGCAUUGAGGUGACAGGUGACAUUUUGACAUAUGAUACGUAUGAUUGACAUUAUUUCCAAACAUCGAAAUAAUGUAUUAUUUCGCCAAAUUCUGUCGUAUCUGCAUCCAGACCGACGUUACUUUGCUGGACAUCGAUACGCUGGACUUUGACGAGGUUAAAUUGAGCGAAAAACUACGAUUGUGUGCCAAAAUGGUUGUCGGAAGAGAAAGUCUGUCGACCGAAAUAUGUUUACAGUGCGUGAUAAAGCUUCGAAUUUCUUACCAGUUUCAAUUGAUGUGCAGGAAAUCCUCAAAAAUAUUACAAGGAUAUUUGGAAGAGUUAAUUGGUCCAGGAAAAAUCGACCCCGACACUUUCGUCUCGUCUGAUCUCAUUGUCUCAGUUACUCCAAUCUCAAAUGUUCCUGAAUCUCCAUGCAAAAGGAAACAAAGAAUAAGCAAAGAACAAAGAUGCUCACUACUCAAAAAACUACUCACUCAAAAUGACACAACAAACAAAAACGACCUAAGAAAGUACACACAUCCCUAUGAUGAUGGAGGGGGACUAAGAAAUAUAAUAAACUUUACGCGUAACUACGAAUUCACCUGCGGCAACAAAGACAAAACGUCUUUGGACAAACUCACGGAAUUCUCGCAGGAUUUCUUCAAACAUGACUUUUCCGACUUCCGCAACACGAUCCUCUACAUAAUAGAAAACAAGGAUGCCGAAAGCGACGACGACGAUCUGUUCGACGACUACAACGAAGAGGACGAAUUCAAAUUCGACCCGGUCAACAUAAAACAGGAAAUUCCCGAUUGCGAAAACAAUUCGUGCACGGAAAGUACGGACGGAGAAAUCGACAACAAAUUCGUCGAGCCAGAAAUCGAAAUCAAAGAGGAGGAGUCCACGUUUAGCUUCUUAAAAGACUGCACUGAUCACAAAAAUAAUAAUUCGCAAAACGCGAUGCAACUAUUAGACCAACUGGUCAACAAUUACUCAACCGGCCAAAGAAAAUCGUUCUCGCCGACAAGCGUGAGAUGCAGAACAAGAAACAACCCCUACAUAAGUCCCAGCUUGAAGCAACAGUUCCUCUACAGGAAUUUCAAGUGCAAUAGAUGCGACAGGUACUUCAAAAGUCCCGGGUAUCUCAAAGCUCACAAGACUAAAGUUCACCUGCAACACUGAAGUGAUUUCAAUGUACCUAUUUAAAUGUAAUUGUAAUUUUAAUGGUGGGCUCAAGUAGUUCAGCACUGAUUAAACCAGUAUUGUUGUAUUUGUUGGAUCAAAGAAUGUAAUUCUCGUAUAAGAUAUUCUCGAAUUUAAUUGAGACUUAAGUCCAUCAUUGUCAAUCCGAAUUUAUGAAUGUGAAGCUAUCUGUGUAUUUUUAGGAUAGUAUUUAUUAUUGUGCUGUAUAAGCUAUAAAUUGUUAUAAUUCAAUUAAGUAAUGAAUUUUAAAAUAUUUUU